GCGUCGAGCUCGCGUCGCGUGCAGACGUGUCGGUGUCGCGUCAGUGCCACCUGUGGCUAGUGUUCGUUGUGUGUACAAAAUUUUAUGAAUGGAUAACUGGUUCCCAUGGAUGUGUUUUAAUUCAGUGAUAGUGUGUUGACCUUUUAUUAAUCUGUGUUCAAACGGUGAGCGGAGGCUGGAUUUGUGACAUUUACAAAGUAAGGAAAUAUGAUAGCUGAUAUGGUGGCAUCGCGUAUAACGUCGGGACAAAGCGUAAAUGUAUUACGGUAAUACACGGUUACGGUGACACGGUAAUACACGAAGUGACACGGUAAUCAACAACGUGACACGGUAAUCAGUGACAUGGUGACAAUGUGGCGGUGAUUUUUGUAUCGGCCAGUGGAAUAUGUGCAGUGCGUUGUACGAACAUCAAAAUGUGUGACAAAUUUUGGAUUUCUACCCUCAUUUUUUGUGUGCUCUCCACGGCCACCUGCUUCCAGCAGCAGUACUUCAGGGUGGUACCUCGCAGCCUCAGGGUGCAGGAGGGCUCGGAGGCCGUGCUGGAGUGCGCGGUCGCCAACCUGGCUGGCCAGGUGCAAUGGGCUAAGGACGGAUUUGCGUUGGGGUUCUCCUCAGUGAUACCAGGGUAUCCACGCUACACGAUGUUCGGGGACCGCCGCCACGGGGUCUACAACCUUCGGAUCGCGAACGUCUCACUGGAAGAUGAUGCAGAGUAUCAAUGCCAAGUGGGACCGGCUCAAAUGCACAAGGUGAUACGGGCGAACGCAUCACUGACUGUCAUAUCGCCCCCAAAUGCCGUGGAAAUCGUGAACCACCCCCACAAUUCGAAGCUGGAGGUCAAAGAGGGAGAAGACGUCGUGCUGGAGUGCCAAGUUCAGAACGCGAAGCCAGCUGCCAAGAUUGUGUGGUACAGAGGCAACCAGGAGAUGAAGGGAGACAGAGUUGCCAACGAAGACAUCAGGGAGGUGGAAAGUGCCAACGGCAAUCCUAAGGCAGUCAGAUAUACAACAAUAUCAAGGGUACACUUCAAAGCAACCUCGGAAGAUGAUUACGCAGAUUUCACGUGCGAGGCUCGUCACGAGGCGCUGCAAAGAGAUUCGCCCAUGCGCAGUACCAUACAACUCAGCGUGCUAUAUCCCCCCGGCGCCCCAUACAUAGAGGGCUACGCGGAGGGGGAGACAGUGAGGCGAGGGCAGAGCCUCGAGCUCGUGUGCCGCAGCCGGGGCGGGAAUCCGCCCGCCCAGCUCAUUUGGUACAAAAAUGGUGAACAAAUACGCAUGGCCUACAGAACCAGUGGUCGCAUGUCAGAGAAUGCCUUAUCGUUUAAGGCUGACGCGUCUGACAAUAAAGCGAGAUACACCUGCGAAGCGAAGAAUAUCAUGAUAAGCAAUACUUUGAAAGCCGAAAUCGACUUAACUGUACUAUUCGCCCCAGCCCACGUCACUAUAUCUGGCCCAUCAGAAGCUCGCGUCGGAGAUCCAGUUCCUCUCACCUGCAGCACAGCUCCCUCGAACCCAGCUGCUGAAGUCAAAUGGCUGGUCUCCGGGAAGCAUCAUAGAGAAGCCAGCAAUAGGACAGUGAUUUCUCCUGAAGGGGGUUGGAUUACGACAUCGAACAUCACGGUGGUAGUGGAACCGAACCGGCGGUCCAUCGUGAUCGUGUGCCAUGGCAUCAACGCCCAGCUCACUGAGAACGUGGUCGCCACGCACACUAUCAACGUUUUGUAUCCACCUUCAGCCCCCAUGAUAACCGGGUAUAUCCCGGGCACUACCCUCGCCGCGGGAACGGUACAGAAACUGUCUUGCAUCUCAUCUGGCGGGAAUCCUUUGGCUACGCUAACUUGGUUUAAAAACGAUAAAAAGAUCCACUCGGUAACCAAAGUGUCUGAUAAAUCGGUAUCCGCCGAAAUAUCGAUACUAACCAAUGUGACAGAUAACUUGGCUCAGUAUAGAUGCGAAGCGACCAACAGCGCCACGGAGAUCCCUCUAUUCGAGACUGUGACUUUGAACGUGCACUUCGCCCCAGAGGCAGUGAAAGUGAGGGCAGAACCGGAAGAGCUUCGACCAGGCAUCGAAGGCACGCUCUACUGCGACGCUGCCAGCAGCAACCCCCCGGCCACGCUGUCCUGGUGGAGGGACGGGAUACCUGUACAGAGUCAACCCAUGAAGAUGAAGAAAGGUCUACAUGGCGGGACGGUCUCCACAAUCGAACUCAAGUUGAACAUAAGCAAAGAUUUAAACGGCGCUGUUUACACUUGCCAGGCGAUGAAUGAGGCUAUCCAAAGGAGUGUGCACGACGCCUUAACGCUUAAAGUUUUGUAUUCUCCAAUAUUCGACGAGACAAGUCAAACAACAGCGGUGGGAGUUGAAAAUGAACAGCUGAUUGUGUCAGUGCGUGCAGAUGGGAACCCAUCUGGUAUUGCAUAUACGUGGACUAAGGAUGGGCUGCCCAUCACACAGGCUUCUUAUACCACAUCUAACGACAGAAUCAUAUCGGAGGGCAACCUUCUGAACAUGACUCGUCUCUCGCGGCACGACGCAGGCGUGUACUCUUGCGAGGCGGUCAACUCGCAAGGCGCUGCUGUUAUAAACAUCACCGUGUCUGUUCAUUACGCGGCGGAGAUAAAAUCUGUGUACCAAGUGGGAGUACCGAGUGCUAAUGAAGAUGCGAUGCUGGUCUGCGCUGCUAAUGGAAACCCACUAUCAGCAGACCACAUAAGAUGGGAGAGACCGGACUAUGAUUUAUCAUCACGCUCCAUCACCUUCGACUCCAGAAACCAGACGAGCACCCUCAUCAUCGACAAAGUGACGAGGGAUGAUGUAGGCAACUUCACGUGCGUGGUGAACAACGGGAUCGGUGAUGAGAGGCGGGAUGUGACGCUGGUGAUGAAGUUCAAGCCAGAAAUGGACUCGUCUCCGAGUAUCGUUAAGUCGGCAACUAAUGUAGGACAAGUUGGGCGAUUAGUUUGCAAAUGCAAAUCAAUCCCACCGCCUAACUUCACUUGGUCCAAGAACGGCAUCAAACUACCCGCAAACACUUCCACAAAAUACUUAGCGGAGUUCCAUCGCAUCGACGCGCUAACAUUUGCCUCCGUGCUACUGGUGCGUGACGUCACGUCUAUGGACUAUGGUGUAUACCAGUGUGCCGCGAGAAACCAUUUGGGUUAUGGGGAGAUGUCGGUUAAGUUGGAUGUUACUAGUGCCCCAGAUCCAGUAACAUCAGUAGUAGUAACUAACGUGACACAUAACUCGGUAACACUGGAGUGGGUGCCCGGCUUUGAUGGCGGACUGUAUUCUUGGUACAGGAUUCGAUUCCGGAAAAUAUACGACGAGACGUAUAAAUACGAAGAUGUAACACCCAGAAACGCAACGACUUUCUCUAUACACGGUCUGGAGAGGAAUACAGAUUAUGUAUUCUCUGUUAUGUCCAUAAACAAAAUAGGACAGAGCAAAUAUCGUCCAGAUGACACUAAAGCGACCACAUUGACUUCAUCAGAAGUAGGCGAACUAAACGUAGUGUCCACAGAGUAUGUAGAAACGGCGGAUGUGUCUAAAUCUGUAGUAGUUUAUGUAUCUAUAACUGGAGUCGUGUUAGUUCUCAUAAAUGCAGCUUUGGUGGCUUGCUUUGUUCUGAAGCGACGGUCUCGACGGUUGAAAGAACAAGCUGGACAGUCAUCAAAAUCAGCAACGAUCGAAAUGUACGCACCUUCCUCAUACAACGAUACUAUGACAGGCGAGACCCUUAGCUCCGUUUCGGAGAAAUCCGAGACAUACUCACAAGAUGGCGACGGACAACCCCCGCCAAUACCUGAAGUUCCCAGUAUGCCCAAUAGGCAUAUGUUAAAUCAAACGGAGUACCUGGACGAGCAGCUGCUGCCGCCGCCGCUGGACUACCCGCCGCCCAACUACGCGGCGUACGAGGGCGAGCACGCGCGCACGCUGCCGCACGCGCCGCACGCGCACCGCGCGCGCGACGCCGCCGGACACAGCACGCUGGGCCGGAGCGCUGGCAAACAGAACUACAUCCCGGCGCCCAGCCCCAUGCCCCCGCUCGAUGGAUCCUACUACAACAUGUCCUCUGAUAGAUACCUCUCCUACCCACCACUGAUUGGUGAAUAUUUACAACAGCAGCAAGCGGGUCGAACCCCGACCCCGCCGCAGCAGUACAGCGCGCAACCGCUGAGCAAGCCGCACCUCGCCAACGGGGUGGGCUCGCCGUCCCACCUCACCAGCCCGCUCGGCUGCAUGGACGACCGGCAGUCGCUGGGCGGCACGCUGCGGCGCCGCCUCGACAAGCUGGCCGUGCCGCCGCCCGACGUCACCGUGCUGCACCCCGGCGGCUGCGCGCAGCACCAACCAAUGAAUCACACACCAACCGUGAAACAACCACAGUCGAUACUCAAAGACCCGUCGCGGCACAAAUACGGCAACCAGUAUGGAAGCCCCGUGUCAUCUAGCACGCCACAGAAUAGCUCAAACCAAAUCCUAACUGUCCAGAACCUAACAUCAGACGUCCCACAGUACGGGACCAUCAAGAAGGAUAAAAAACAAAACGUCACGAUCGAUGAAUCGUACAACCAGCGAAGUGAAACACAUGUAGUGUAAGUGAUUGUUCAAAUUUGAUUGAUUGGAAGUGAACACGUUUGUUCGGGAUUGUUAAGUGAUUGUUCAAUUACGAGUGCAGUGUAAAUACAUCACGGACUAGUUAAAAUUUUAGAUAGAUAUUAAUUCAUUAUUGUGAUACCAAUGAUCGAACUGCAAAUUAAGUGUCCAUGGUAUUUAGAUAGGAAUGAAAGUUAACCGUUUGAUUUUUAUCAAACUUUGUUUGACUGACUUAUCAAUAUUGUACAUUAGGACGUCCAAAAGACAUUAGCGAUUGAUGAACAAUCAACAUUUAAUUGAUUGGUGAUUGAUUGAUUGUUAUUGUAAUUAUUUUUAGUGCGUAAUUUUUAAUCGUUUGCCGAUUAUAAUGAUUCCCUUGACGGAUCUCUUUGAUUUUUAGAAUAGACGAUUAUUGUUAAUGAUUUUGAUUCUAUUUUACAAAAUUUAUGGGAAAAUUUUGAAUUGAUCCCAAAGUUAAUGUUUGAAUGCGAAUGAUUGUUCGUGUGAAUUGCAUUUAUUGUUAAAUGAAAAUCUUAGUUUUAAUGAAUGAAUGGCGUAAAUGAAUAAAUGAAUGAGAGGUAUAUCUUUUGAAAUGUGUUGCGUUUACUGCAAGGCAUCCACAUUUGUAUAUUGUAUACAGCCAGUUGUCUUUCUACAAUCUCAUUGUAAAUAAAAUAUACUCAAGCGCGAACUGACAAUAAAGAUAAGUUUUUAAUUAAAUAUUUUAAUUUAUACUCCGCUUACAAUUAUUUGUAAAUAGAUUAUGUAAUUAUAAUUUUUAUUUCUCUGUAAUAGCUU